AUGAAUGAUUUGAUUAUUAAGAAUAAUAAAAAGGGAAGCUGCGAUGUGAUUAUAAAAUAUAAAUGUAAAAAGUCAGAUGAGAAUAUAAAAAGAAGAAAGAGUUCACAUAAAUAUAUAAAAAAUAAGAGUGUCGUAUUAGGUCGAAGCAUAAUGACAAAUAAGAAGGAGAAAUUAAAAGGAGCUUUAAAAUACAAAGGAUCAAAAAAAGAGAUAAAAAUAUGUAAUAAGAAAAGUAUGAUAAAAAAUGACAAAGAUGAAAAUACAACUUUAAAAUCUAUGAAAAGUGACAAUUUUAAAUUUUCAAGAAGAGGAUUUAUUCUGAGUUUUACUGGUAAUUUAGAAGAUUUUUAUAAUUUAUCAAAAGAACCAUUAGGUAAAGGUACAUAUGGAUGUGUAUAUAAAGCAACCGACAAAUUAUUAAAAAUAUCGAGAGCUGUAAAAGUAGUAUCUAAAAAGAAAUUAAAGAAUAUACCAAGGUUUAGACAAGAAAUAGAUAUUAUGAAAAAUCUAGAUCAUCCUAAUGUAGUAAAAUUGCUUGAAACGUUUGAAGAUAGUAAUCAAAUAUAUUUAGUAAUGGAGUUAUGUACGGGUGGGGAAUUAUUUGAUAAAAUAGUAAAAAAGGGUUGCUUUGUAGAAACGUUUGCAUCAUUUAUUAUGAAACAAAUAUUUUCUGUCUUAAAUUAUUUACAUAUAAGAAAUAUUUGUCACAGAGAUAUUAAACCUGAGAACUUUCUAUUCUAUGAUAUGACACCUGAAUCGUUAAUAAAAAUUAUAGAUUUUGGAUUGGCUUCUUAUUUUACUCAUAAUAAUUAUGAAAUGAAGACCAAAGCAGGGACUCCGUAUUAUGUAGCUCCUCAGGUAUUAACCGGUUCGUAUAAUUAUAAAUGUGAUAUGUGGUCUUCUGGUGUCUUAUUUUAUAUAUUGUUGUGUGGUUACCCUCCCUUUUUUGGAGAAAGUGAUCACGAAAUAUUGAGCAUGGUAAAGAAGGGGAAGUAUCAAUUUAAAGGAAAGGAGUGGAAUAACAUAUCCGAAGAAGCAAAAGAUUUAAUAAAAAGAUGUCUUACAAUGGACGCUGAUAAAAGAAUAUGUGCGAGUGAAGCUUUACAACAUCCUUGGUUUAAAAAAAAAAAAUAUGCUUUUAAUAUGGAUAUGAAAAUGGAUAUACAUGUAUUAGAAAACUUUAAGAACUAUGGACUUUUAUUAAAAUUUCAGAAAUUAGCUAUGACGAUAAUAGCACAACAAAGUAAUGAUUAUGAUGUUGAAAAAUUAAAAUCAACUUUCUUAGUAUUAGAUGAAGAUGGAAAGGGAUAUAUAACUAAAGAACAAUUAAAAAAAGGAUUAGAAAAAGAUGGAUUAAAAUUACCCUACAAUUUUGAUUUGUUGUUAGAUCAAAUCGAUAGUGAUGGCAGUGGGAAAAUUGAUUACACGGAAUUUAUUGCAGCUGCUUUAGACAGAAAGCAAUUAUCCAAGAAAUUAAUAUAUUGUGCCUUUAGGGUCUUUGACGUAGACAAUGACGGGGAAAUCACCACGGCAGAAUUGGCCCACAUACUUUAUAAUGGAAAUAAAAAAGGCAACAUAACUCAAAGGGACGUCAACAGGGUUAAAAGGAUGAUUCGGGAUGUUGACAAAAACAACGACGGAAAGAUUGAUUUUCAUGAAUUUUCAGAAAUGAUGAAGCUAAAAUUUUAA